UUCUCUGGGCCACUGAACACUAAUAAAGCUCUGGAACAAUCUUUGUGUUUUGUAAAUGUAUUUUACCUACUUUGUCUUGCUGAUUGAUUUUAGGAACCAACAAAGAUUUUCCUGAAGACAUGAAAGAUUUGUCGUUACUGAUGUGCCUUCUUGGCACAAUCCAUGCAUUGCCACUAUUUCCACAACAAGCUGGAACACCUGGUAUGGCAAGUGUCAGUCUUGAGAGGAUGAGAAGAUAUGGACAGUUUGGUAUGUCCCCUCAAGCUCAGGUAAAGCAAAUACUAAACAUCAGUUUCCCGUUAAAUGGAUAUAAUCAGUUCCAGUCACUACUGCCAUGGCAGCAGCAACUUCAACAGAUAUUUACAGCCUUGGCUCCGUGGGCACAGCAACCUCAGCAAGAGCACCAGCAGUAUGAAUAUGCACUUCCUGUUCACCCACCACCACCACAACAACCACCCCAGCAGCCCCCUCUGUCACCACAGCAGCCAGAAGUGUCUCCUCAGCAGCCAGCAGACCAGGGCCAGCAACCAUCAGCUCAACCAUCACAGCAGGGUCAACCUGCACAGGGAGAAGGGCCUGUUUUUCAGACACCACAGGUAGCACAACAACCCCAACAACCAGAGCAGAUGGCAAUGAUAUUUCCAGGAUUUGAAUACUUUUACCAGUUCCCUGUACAACAAGGCCAACAGCCGAUAAUGUUUCCAACAUUUGAAAAUUCUCCACAGUUACCUGGACAACAGGGACAAUAUCCACUAAUGCUGCCCACAUCAGGCAUUCUACCACCUGUUAUUCAACAACCGGACCAGCAGCAGCCACAGCUUCCACAGGUGCCCCCCACAAAUAGCUUUCUGCCAUCAGUAGUGCAGCAGGGGCAGUGGCAGGAACAACAGCAACAGCAACAACAACAACAGCAACACCCACAGCAAGGCUAUCCAAUACAGUUUUACCUGCAAGCCCUGGGACAUCAAAACCUUCCCCAGAAUGUGCAAGGUGUUAUAAGCUCAGAAGAAAUUCAGGCAAAUAGAGCAGCUGGUGCAGCAGCUGCUGCAGUUUUCAACAACAUGUUUCCAGCUUUUGCAGCCAAUUACCCAGGAUUUGGAAGCCCUGUUGCUCGGCCCAUUUCUCCAGUUGAUGCUACAAUUGAAGAUGAUCAUCCUGUUGCAGGAAGGGGAGAACAAGCAGGCCAAGGAACAGGUACACCUGGUCUCCAAGGAAAUUUGCCAAAUGCAGGAGGUACGGCUUCCAGCCCAGCAGUCAAUAUCCCUGUUCUAGAAGGUGACCCCACUGGUCAGAUUGGCAACCCACAGGCUCCUCAGUCUAACCCAUCACCAGGCCAAGGAGGUAUCAUGCAAAACCCAGAUAUCAACUCCCCAAAUCAAGGUGUGCCUGCAACACCUGCCAGUGUACCAGCUGCAUCUGCAGGAAAUCAAGCUAUUGCUACAGCCUCUCCUAAAGAAGGUGGUAUACCAAUCAUCUAUUAUGAGGGUCUGAAUCACCCAGCUGCAGGAGCGCCAUGGUUUCCAUGAGACUCUCAAAAGCUUUCUUGAUUACAAAAAUGAGUAGUGGUGUGAUAGAAAUUUUGCCUAACAGAAGUAUCAUUCAUUGAUGUUUUCCAAGUAGAGUACUUCAUAUGACUAGCUAUCACAGUGACCAGCUUGGAUUUAUUAGACUGCAUAGUAAAUUUUCUGUUUUCUAGUCUAUACCUCCUUUUUAAAUCGAAAGUGAUUGCCUUGCUGCAUCAUUCAAAAAUGUUAGUAUGUACUUAUUGCAUGUACUUAAGUUUUGUAUCACAGUCUCCAUAUUAAGUGUCAGCAUCCUACACCUUAGUAAAGACAAUAAAGUCAGUCAAAUAAUUAAUGUUUAACCGUACUUGAAAGCUGUAACUGUGAUUACAAUGUCAAUAUGAAUUAGUGGUGUUUCAGCAAAGAAAUGACACAAAAAUAUCUGAAAAUAACAUAUUUAUUAAAACUUACUGAUAAAUUCAAAUAUUAUAUAAUAAAACGUAAUUGAUUAAAAACCUGCUGUUAUGCAUGUUCAAUGAAUGACUUGUGGUAAAAAUGUUAUAAUCUUACUACAAUAUUAAAAGUGUGUAUUAUGUGACAACA